GUUUCCUGUCGCAGCAGUAGAGUGGUGUCUUGAGAUAGGGAAGACCGAACAACCUCAACAAACUCCACUAUACAAUGAAACUGCCACAAAUAUUACCCUCUCUCGAGGGCAGCCUUUUCACGAUACUGCUGGUGACGGGUCUCUCCACUCCUGGCCAGGCUGAGAUUACCAGUCUAGACACAGGAAACAUUGAAGACAUCCUCAACAAUGCCGGGGUGGCACUGGUCAAUUUCUACGCAGACUGGUGUCGGUUUAGUCAGAUGCUUCAUCCAAUCUUUGAGGAGGCGUCAAAUAUCGUGAGGGAGGAGUUUCCUGAUGUCACUCAGGUGGUGUUUGCGCGCGUUGACUGCGACCAGCACUCUGACAUAGCCCAGCGAUACAGGAUCAGUAAGUACCCUACACUGAAGUUGUUCCGGAACGGGAUGAUGAUGAAGAGGGAGUACAGGGGUCAGAGGUCAGUGACAGCCAUCGCUGACUUCAUCCGACAGCAGAAGAUUGAUCCCAUUAAAGAGAUACUCAGUCUAGAGGAGCUGAACACGGUGGAUAGGAGCAAGCGUAAUGUCAUCGGUUACUUUGAACAGAAGGAUUCUGACAACUACCACACGUUUGAGAAGGUGGCCAACAUCCUCAGAGACGACUGUGUGUUUCUGGCGGCCUUCGGCGACGUGUCCCAGACGGAGAGGUUCAGCGGCGAUAAUGUAAUCUAUAAGCCAGUAGGGGAUACCGUACCUGACAUGGUGUAUUUGGGAUCGCUAACCAACUUUGACCUCACGUACGCUUGGGCGCAGGACAAGUGUGUCCCUCUGGUCCGUGAGAUCACCUUUGAAAACGGAGAGGAGCUGACUGAAGAGGGAAUCCCGUUCCUCAUCUUGUUCCACGUGCAGGAGGACACGGAGAGCCUGGAGAAGUUCCAGCACGAGGUGGCACGUCAGCUUAUCAGUGAGAAAGGUUCUAUAAACUUCCUCCAUGCGGACUGCGAUAAGUUCCGUCACCCACUGUUGCACAUCCAGAAGACUCCAGCAGACUGUCCUGUCAUUGCUAUAGACUCCUUCAGACACAUGUAUGUCUUCCCCGAGUUCAGAGACAUAGAAGUCCCUGGGAAGCUGAGGCAGUUUGUUCUGGACCUCCACUCUGGGAAGUUACACAGAGAGUUCCACCAUGGUCCUGACCCUACAGACAGCACACCUGGACAGGAGGAUGUAGCUGAGAUGGCCAGCAACCCUCCGGAGAGUUCUUUCCAGAAGUUGGCCCCCAGCGAGACUCGCUACACACUCCUCAGAGACCGCGACGAACUGUGACGAUGUUGACACCUCGACACGACCUGUGACCCAGACCUUUGACUCAAGACUCCCUUGUCACACCCUGGAGUCAGUGAUCGGGGUCUGGACAGGCCAGCGGGACAAGACAGCAACACCCUGGGAGUAUCUCAAGUGCAUUCUCUUGUUUCCCCGCGCCUUCCCUCAAAUCCAUUGGGUGAGAAGGCCAGAGGGCAGGGUCUCAUCCAGUGGGAAUUUAGAAGGAAGCAAGCAGAGGAGACGUGAGGAGUCAAGGUAAUGCAAUUGAGAUCCACCCCCCAACUCACCCCCCCCAACACCCCCACUAGAAAGAGAGGAGGACAAGAGAUGAAGAGUUCAGUCCACGACAGUCGUGUUGGAAUAACCUAUAUUUUCAUAACUCUUACGUGUACAAUUUUUUAUUUUGGAUAAAAAUGAGGAGAGAAGAACAUUGUGUGUGGGAGGGCGUGGGUGUUGGGGGUCUGUAGGUUGUAUUAGGACAAAUAAGCGUUUUUACUUUUAUUUUUGAAGCUUGUAAAUAUGUUUUUGCUGAGUGGGCAUCGGUCUAUAUGAUUCUGGUCUAAAUUAAAUACACAAGUUACAGUAGAUUUUUUUUUUUUAUCACCCUGUUUUUGUAUCAAAACAGACGAGUGUGAUCCCUUGCUCCAGUCGUUCAGUCUCAUCUUGGUUCUCAUCUGUGGGUUGUCCUGUUCAGUCCGGUUCAGUCCUGUUCAGUCCGGUUUGGGUGGAAGACGGUUCCAGUCCUGGAGGACAGUGUCUUGUCUGCAUUUCAAUACUUUGACCCCUUUCAUCUAAACUGAUAGGAAAGCAUAUUCCUGGCAGGUAUCCACCAUGCUGCUUCCACCAGUUACCAUUUUAAAUUAGUAUAAAAAGACAAGGCGAUGAGAUGGACACAUUGUAGAGUGUUGAGAUGCGUACUUCUCCCUGGUACUAAGCUAAUAAAGUGGGAAUCUUGUGACUGACUGCCCAGGGAGCCUACUCCCCUUUGAGUCACCUUCAAGAGGCACAAAGCAGGAGAAAAUGUUGAGGGAGGUACUACUUUAACCUGUCUAAUAUUUAAACGUUUGUCUUCAUUGUGUGUUAGAAAGCAUUGUCUCCGGUUUGUACUUGAACGUGCCCUGGGUCUGCAAUACUGACUGAUAAAGGCUGAGUGGUGUCAGUUAGUCACUGCUGCUCUGGAGGACAGGAGGGGAACAGUCCACUGAAAGAGACAGUCACUCUGAGCUGCUGUGGCUUCCUGUCCUUCCCAACCUGUCUGGAGGCAGAAGAAACAGGCCCACCCAGGUGCAAAGCAAUAUGGCAGACAAUGACCAGAUUAUCCUACUUUCCCAUGUCAGUCUGUUCAAGUGAAACAUUGAAAGGAGAUGUGGCGAGGAAGACCUAGGCUAUUGAAAUGCAGGCUGUUUCUUCAUGGUAUCGUGUGUACAGCCCAGUCACAGAGGGAGAGAUCUUUUAACAAGACAGGGUUUGUUUUUUUAUGUGUUGUUCCACGUAGGCGCUAGGGAGAGGGCAGUAGGGAUGUCAUUUUUACAUCAUUCAUCUCAGAGGGAGAAAAGCAAAAAAAUGAAAAGGGUAAAUUAAACCAUUUUACAGGA